CUCGGUGCCAUAGCAGUGUAAGAUUCCUUCUCUCUAUUACAUGCUCUGUCUUAGACACAAAAACAAAAUCACACCCACUGCAUGCUUCCUGUGCAGGGGUGGCUCUAGGACCCAGUAACACAGAGUGUCAGUUGGACAGAAUGAGAAAUAGAAAGAAAUAGAGAGAGAGAGAGAGAGAGAGAGAGAGAGAGAGAGAGAGAGAGAAGACAAAAAAGUCUAGUGAAAGAGCCAAAGUGAGAGAAGACAACAACUAAGAAAGAGGCAGGCAGAGAUGAGAACAGUGGUGGUAUUUUUAUUCUGACCACAGAAACCUGUUGACAAACUUCCGUGAUAAUCAGCCCAUCUAGUGCUUCAGCACUUGGGUUCCUCAAAACGUGGGCAACUUCUAAGCUGAAGGGAGCGAUGACAGACAGGCCGAGUAAAAGGGAAAGAAAGGGAUAGUGAGAGAAGGAUACAGUGAAAAAGGAGAAAAAGUUGAGUGAGAGGGAGCCAGAAAGCCAGACAGCCAGAUAAAACAGUGUUCGAAACACCAAGGCCUUCAAAGCCAUGUGACAUGACAGAGGGCACUACUGGGGGACGCGCCGUACCAUGGAACUCCAAGCUCAGAUCCUGAAGAACUUCCUGGCCUAUUUCGCCAGUAAAGAGGCCACAUCGGAACAUGAAGAUGGUUCCUACGCUGUCGAGUUCUUGAAGCUAAAGAGGCAGUCGACCAAGUACCGUACUGAUAAGACCUACACCACCAAGGCUGCUGAGAAGCAGGAGAACAUCAAGAAGAACCGAUACAAGGACAUUGUUCCAUUUGAUCACAGCAGAGUGAAGCUCUCACUGAUCACCUCCAAAAAUGACACGGACUUCAUCAAUGCAAAUUUCAUCCGGGGGGUUUGGGGGCCAAUGGAGUAUAUUGCCACUCAAGGCCCACUGCCUAACACGGUCCUGGACUUCUGGAGGAUGCUUUGGGAAUACAACGUACAGGUCAUCGUGAUGGCUUGCAGGGAAUUUGAAAUGGGAAGGAAAAAGUGUGAGCGCUACUGGCCCGAAAAGCUGAUGGAUGUGUUUGUGUGUGAACCUUUUUCAAUAUUCUGUGAAUCCGAAGAGUACAAGGGGGACUACUUGAUAAGGACCCUGAAAGCGACUUUUAACAAUACAUCUCGCACACUGAAGCAGUUGCACUAUAUGAACUGGCCUGAUCAUGGCGUACCAGACUCCAUCCACCCUAUUCUUGACAUGCUGCAGGACAUGCGUGCUUUCCAGGACCAGGACAACAUGCCCAUCUGCAUUCAUUGCAGUGCUGGCUGUGGAAGGACAGGGGCGCUGUGUGUCAUUGACUACACAUGGAACCUUCUGAAAAAACAUAUGAUACCAGAGGACUUCAGCAUCUACGACCUGGUUCAGGACAUGAGAAAACAACGGCCUUCCAUAGUCCAGACCAAGGAGCAGUACGAACUGGUGUAUAGAACGAUUAAAUUCCUGUUUGAGAAGCAUCUGCAGAUGAUGGAGUCAAACUCAAUGCAAAAGGAGAUUCUAGCCUCACCUCCACCUCCACCCAUCCCGACAGAUAGUGACAGCGAAUUUUCAGACUCAAGUGAGUCUGAGGAUGUGCCAGAGCCUGUAGAAGAGAAUAGACUAUUUUCAGUCUAUGAACCCAGGCGUCCUGAAAAGGAGGUGCAAACACAACUUCCCAAGAAGGUUGCACGUGUAAGCUCACAGCUACGUCCACCCCCGUUUCGACCUCCCAGCCCACCGCACCCCAAACGCACACCAACAGAUGUGUUUAAUGGAAUGAAGAACUGGGCCAUUUCUCAAAUUUCUUCAAGGGCUACUGCUACACCAAGUCACCUGCCGAAGACAGAUUUUGAAUGUGAAAACUCUCUGAUAUCUAAACCUGCUCCAAAUCAGAAAACAGAUCUUGGAUACCAAAUGCCCCAGGUACCCGGACAUUAUGCACUUCAGAAAACAGAUCUUGGACACGAAAAGUCCCAGGCACUUCAGCCUCCUUCAUUUCAAGAAACAGAUCUCAGAUACUACAUGUCCCAGACACCUAGGCCUCAGAUUCAGAAAACAGAUCUUGGAUACCAGAUGUCUCAGACACCUAAGCCUCCUUCACUGCAGGGAACGGACCUUAAACACCAGAAACCCCAAAUACUUGGACCUCCACCGGUGCAGCCAACAGAUCUUGGACAACAAAAGGUCCAUAUACUUAAACCUCCUCGACCACAGAAACCAGAUCUUGGAUGGCGACAGUCCCGGAUACUUGCAGCUAAUCUUCUGCAGCAAACAGAUACCGGAUACCAAAAGUCUCAAACGCCUGAAUCUCCACCAAUACAGCAAACAGAUCUUGAAAACCUAAUGCUCCAGAUAUCUCAACCUACUCAAACUCAGAAAGCAGAUUUUGGAUACCAGAAUCUCCUAAUAGCUGAAACUGCUACAACAGACCAAACCCAACCUGCUGACACUCCUACUGCUGACACAGUACAGGAGUCGACCCCUGAUGAAGCUGCUCUUCAGACUCCCAUCAUUUGUCUUACAGUGGAGGAUCCAUAUUUUGGCCCAGAGUCUCCUAUGUCACCUGGGUCUACAGAAACAAGACCCCUCGACACAAAAAACCCUUUUUUGCCUGGCCCCACUUUGACUCUUACAAGUACUGAACCACCAAAGGAGAACACAAGUACAGGUGUAACUACACCUAUGUCUGAUGAGGAUAGUCCUCCUCCUCUACCAGAGAGAACCCCAGAAUCCUAUAUUAUGGCUGAUGAAGAACCAGAACUGCCACGAAUUCCCACACCUACUCUUCUUCCGUGCACAACCGAUUCACCCGAGUUGAAUGAUAUUGGCGUUAUAGACGACGAGGAUAAAAUAGACAAUAUGGUUGAUAAAGGCAUCGUCCAGACUUUGACGUUGCUCAUCCCACCCGAUUCUGUCUCUGACACAAUCACUGGGGGAGCAAGCCCUCCUUCUCCUACGCCGCCUUUGCCGGAAAGAACUCCUGAAUCUUUUGAAAUGGCUAACGAUGAAGAUUUAUUACGGAUUGCAGUACAAGAAAAGCCUCAGGAGACCGUGCUAAGGGUUGGCAAAUCCUCUGAAUGGUCUGGGAAUUCCAAUUUAGACGAGCCAGACUUUAAAAGGUCCUGGUCCAGGAGUAAGAGUUUAAAAGCAAGACUAUCACUUCAAUUUCCUCUUAACAACCAGGCUUUUGCUCCAAUUCACAUACCUUCAACAGAACCUCCAAAGAGUCUUACGCCUCCUCUUCCUGAACGCACACUUGAUUCUUUUCAGAUGGAUGUGACACUGGCUCCUCCAACUCCUCGCAGUCCUUUCGCUCCUCUCAGUCCUUCGCUCCCGAAAAUUCCUGAAUCUUUUGCAUUCAUAGAAGAAGAUCAGAGCAACAGCGCCCCCUGUCAGUUUGACACGACAAUGGUGCAAAGACAGAGGUUGGGUACCUCCUCUGAGUGGGCGGGAAACUCCCAGCCAAGGACAUUGUCAGAGGUGAUGAGCAGAAGCAAGAGUGUUAAAGUGAAAGGUUCAAAACAAGAGUCCUUAUCUCUGAUUCCUCAGCCUGAUUCAGACAUUGGGGCUACGGCGCACCCUGUAUUAGCUACAGUAGAAGCCCGAACAUUGAUGGACAGCCGGCGUCCUGCAGUGGAGCAUCCUGAGAAGACAUCACUACCCAAAAAGUCCAGGACCAAGGUUCUCCAGUUACAGGCUCAGUUUUUUAGUUUAAAGUUGUGGAAAGGGAAACUGAAAUCAAAAGAAGCUCCUGUGACUGCUUCUGUUCCUCCAAACCAUGGCACCACUGCAGGAUUCAUAUUUAGCUUCGGAACACGUUUUGGGAAACCCAAAGGACCAAGGAAUCAGCCAGAAACGUGGGUGUAAACCAGGCGAACAGAACAGAAAGCGUGGUCUGUGUGUGGAGAAAGAGGAAUCGCUCCUCUACAGCAUGUUCCUAUUCGAUAAAAAAAGACUGAUGUACAUGGAAAAAAAAACAAGAGAAGGCGAUCCCUUAACGAAGGAAGCUCAGAGACUAUAACUGGAUUAGACACCUGCUGAAAGAACAUUUUUUUUUUACUAUUCACGGGCUUUCUGGACCCCAAAAGAAGUGCAACAGGUAGCAUCUAAACUGCAACAGCGAAUAAAGAAUGUCGUUAACGACAAAUGACAAACUGCACUUUUACACUUACAUUUACACACAUUUUAAUAUGCAUGGUACCGAAAUGAAACUAUAGGCUUCACCAAAUAUGUUUUUGGAUCAGGGUUUGUUUCAUGUAUCACAAGUCGCAGCAUUUCAAAGGCACUUUUAAAGUAAAAAAGGACGCCAAUUUUCUUGCUCUAUUAAAAUCUAUUCUCACUUACUAAAUCCAGAAAAAGUCUGUUUAGACAUUUUGUGUAAAAAAAAAAAAAAAGGCUGUUUUUGCUACUGUCUCCAUCUCUUUUUUUUUUUUUUUUUAUCUUCACGGUACUGUUUUUAGCGAAGGAACGAUUUUAGCUUUACUACUGGCCAACUCUUUUCUGUUAGUCAAUCAGGAUCAACUAAAGGACCACUGAAUUGCUUUGUAACAUGUAUAGUUACUGUUGCUGACAAGCUAUUUGCACUAUAACUGUAUACAUUUCCAGUGUAUUUAUACGCGACUGGGUUUGCCGUGGCGUGGAUCACCUCAGCGGCUACCAGCUUGUUGGGCAAAACGAGAAAGGUACAAAGUUUGUAAAGACUAAAGAUUUCGGGUAGACGUCUGUAUCCGCAUAGACUUGAUUCCUAUUAAUUUGUUGGGCUUUUUUGUUGUUGUUGUUAGAAUGUAUAUGAAUUUGAUGAUUUGGAAUGCUAAGAAUAAUUUAAAGAAAUAAUUUAAUAACGAAUGAGUGUU